AUGAGCUUUGGGUGGUGGCAACAGACGAGCCGCCCAGCUGACCAUCCGUACCCGACCCAGGCCCCCAAGGGCCGGAUCAGCGGACUGCCUACGACCUCUAGCGGUAAGCCCUUCCAGCUCUGGGCCCAAGGACUCUUCUGCACCGAGCGCAGCCUCGCCAGGCGCCUCAAGAACAACAGUUUCUACCCGUUCAUGCAGCAGCAGCCCAACGUGUUCGUGCUCGAGUACUACCUGGACACGCUGUGGAAGGGGACGCUGCUCUUCAUAGUAUGCAUCUUGCUCAUCAGCUUCGGUCUCGUGAGCGAGGUGCAGAAGCAGGAGACCUGGGGCUUCCCUGCCUACGGCGUGGGCGUGGGCCUGUGGCUUAUGAUCUCGUCGCUGCCGCGGCGCCGCCUGGUGCUGAACCACGCGCUUGGCGUGUACCACUUCUCCAUCCAGGGCCGCACCGUGUGUCAGGGCCCCAUGCACCUGGUCUACGUGCGCCUGGCGCUCAACUCGGACGCCUAUCGAAGGUGCUUCUUCCAGCUGGUUCUGUGCGGCCACAAGCUAGAGCCACUAGUGCUGGUGCAGCUGUCGGAGCGCUAUGAGCAAAUGGAAUACCUGGGCCGGUACAUUGCCCGGAAGCUCAACAUUAACUACUUUGACUGCCUGGCCACGUCGUACAGGCAUGUGGUCCGCCACUGGCCGCUGGGGACCACCUACAGCCCAGGCAUCGUGCUGCGCAAGACCGGUGCCUACGACGAGGGGAACCCUCAGUGGGACCCGGACGUGUGAUGCUGCCAGCAGGCAC